AUGGAAGCAAACAUUGCCAAAAUAGAGAAAUUGGAGUUAUCCAAAGUCUUCCAACAGCUGAGGUACAUACUGAAUAGACGACAUCACAUCAACCACCAUAUAGACUUUCUCCAACAAUGUAAAUAUCAUGAUGUUAUCCCGAAGUUCCUGGUUUUCAAAUUACCAUCAGUUUGUAAUAAAAAGCAAAUACAGACAAUAUUGUUAAAGAAAGAGAUCAGAAGACAAUUUAAAGAAUCUGGCAUAGUAGACACAAAACUUAAAUUUUUCCACCACUUUCUUAACAAACGUUUACAUUACAUUGAGUAUCAUACACUUAUUGAACAAUUAGAAGAAGACAUAUUUUAUUCCAACUAUAACUCUGACCAAAGAAGAAGAAUGAAGCUCAAAAGAUUGAUCGAAGAUAAGAACAGAGCCAUACAAAAACUAAAAACACCACAGGAUAAUUUACAGCAGGGAACUACUCUGAGCUACCAUACUUUCCACAGCAGGUUCACAAACCUCUCCAACGUUACAUUCGAGCAAGAUGAAGUUGAAGUCUUAAAUUUGGGACAUAAAUUUGCACCCAUCCCUAACACAGUGAACAUCGAUAGAACAGCUGUAAGUCUGGAAGUACAGAUCAGGAACAAUCCAAAUUAUGACAUCAUGACCAGGGAACUUGCAGACACCUUAACAACAUUUAAGGAUACAAGGGUGAGAGUGUGCAACCCUAAACAAUAUUUGCCAAACAAAAUUUUACAUAAAAAUAUAAACAAGAUCCAAAAAAGUAUAAGCGACAAUGACCUCAUAAUGACUAAAGCUGACAAGAACGCAGGACUAGUAUAA